AAGGAAGGAAGGGAGGAAGGAAAGAGAGGACAAUGAAUUCCACAGGUAGCGCAGAAUCUGCACCGCUCUUCGGCGUUCUCGAAUAGGCUGUCGAUGGUUCGAUCGUUCGUCCCUUCUGCGGGGUGUUCUUGUCGAGGUCUAACAAGAUCCGCUCGAGCGGUCUUCGAGGACGAGAGCGCAGUUUCCGGAUUCUCUAACGAUUGUUCGCUUUGACGAUCAUUGAGGGAGCAUUGGUGGCCCGCAUGUCAGCGGUGCGAAAUGGCGAUGUAUAGCUUGGCUGGAGUGGGAACCACAAGAGGCUACACCGCUGUGGGGUCUCGAGGCAAAGGCCAUUUUGGCUGGACUUCCGGUAGUCAUCUGAGAGGAGUUGGACUAAUUUCGUUUGCACGGAAGGGAGAGGGGGAGAAGACUUUUCGUUCGAAGCUUGAAGCAUUACCUGCACAGGUUGGGGAACUGAAAUUCCAUCAGGGUGGACAUGGACGUGGACGAUGCGGUAUUGCCCGAGCAUCAGCAGGAUUGGCCGCUCCACUGAUCGCUGCCGGGGAUACGUGGGGAACAUGGACAGUUCUGGUCUGUGCGGGCGCCUUUGGCAUAUGGUCGGAGAAGACGAAUUGGGGGAGCGCUCUGAGUGGGGCUUUAGUGAGCACGCUGGUGGGACUCGCGGCCAGCAACCUGGGCUUGAUAGCGUCUUCAGCUCCUGCGUACAAUGUGGUCAAUUCUUAUCUGCUGCCUCUGGCUGUGCCCUUGUUAUUAUACGGGGCGGAUUUGCGAAGAGUGAUCAAAGACACGGGGCGCUUGAUUAUCGCUUUCCUUCUGGGGUCCGUGGCAACAAUUUUCGGAACAUGGGUGGCGCUGCUGGUCGUUCCCCUGAAGUCGUUGGGGCCUGACGGGUGGAAGAUCGCCGCCGCUCUGAUGAGUCGCCACAUUGGCGGAGCUGUGAACUAUGUCGCUGUGAGCGAGGCUUUAGGAACAACACCUUCGAUCGUAGCUGCUGGAUUGGCUGCCGACAAUUUAAUAUGCGCCAUCUACUUCACCACUCUGUUCGCUCUCGCUGCGAACAUUCCUCCGGACGCUUCGAAGCCUGGGGAGCCUGAAGCGAUUUUGGGCUUCGGUGGACAAGGGCUGAAAGUUGAAGAAACGGCGACUGCAUUGGCCCUUUCUGCGGCCAUAUGCACAGCUGGAAACUUGAUGGCCAAGGCUUUGAACCUGCAAGGAGGCGGCAUUCCGUGUAUCACGGCCAUCGUUGUGAUCGUGGCCACUGUAUUUCCCUCGUUCUGUGGGAAAAUCUCCACAUCCGGCUCAGGGUUAGCGAUCAUUCUACUGCAGAUCUUCUUUGCGUCAAUAGGCGCGAACGCGAGCAUUACCAGUGUGAUGACUAGUGCACCAGGUCUCUUCCUCUUCUCUCUCGUGCAAGUGGCUGUUCAUCUGGCGAUGAUUCUGGGAGUCGGAAAGCUGUGUGGCUUCCAGCGGAAAGAGCUGUUGAUGGCCUCCAAUGCAAACGUAGGCGGUCCCAGCACUGCUGCAGGAAUGGCUGCAGCCAAAGGUUGGCGAACUCUCAGUGUGCCGGGAAUUCUGAUCGGCAUUUUUGGUAUUGCCAUAGCCACCUUCGUCUCCAUCAUUCUUGGAGUGUCUUGGUUGAGUAAGAUGUGAGAGGAGUCCAUGACUCGCCAAUCGAGUCUAAAUGAAAUGAAGCUCGGGUAGCUAAAACAGGUGAUGGGCGGUUUCACUGUCUCACGAGGGGAGUCGACACUCCCCCGCAGCAAGGACAAGCACUGUACAGAAUAAUGGCUGCGUACAGGAUCCAGGAUCUUCCUCUCUCACCUUCUAUCGUUUCAUGUCAUCUUCAUGACAGCUUUAUCUUCCCUUUGGUGUACAUCUGAUGUGUAUGACGACUACUUGAAGCUGGAGUCCAGAAUGAUCGAAAGUUUGUCAGUCAUGUUAAACAACGCUGGAAAAAAUUAUUUCUUCAUGGUAUCGCGUUGUUAUCAGUUCGCAUCUGUACGAAACUGUAUGAGCAUUUUGUGGCGUCAGUGACGAUACCACCAUGUCUUGUAAAGUACAUAAAUUAUCGCCGGAACUGAAUUUGAAUGAACCUAUUAACUUUAAGGACGAGUUUUGUUUGCCAGCAUCCA